AUGAAAGCUGACCCCAACAUGCCAGACACCAACGGAAAUACCGUCUUGCACCUGACAGUCAUACAUGAUCUCCCAGAAAUGUUCAUGCUCGCCGUGGAACUUGGAGCCAAUCUUCAUGUACGGAAUAACUUGAAACUCACACCACUUGCGUUGGCGGCGAGACUUGCAAAAAAACAGAUCUACGAUCUGAUUCUGGAAUGUGACAUGGACAUAUCUUGGAGAUAUGGGCCUGUUGUGUGCAAAGCAUAUCCGCUGAACGAUGUGGACACAAUACAAGAGAGCGACGGUUCUUUGAAUCCCAAUUCUGUGAUCGCCAAUGUAGUUUACGGAGUGAGUCAUUUGAGUUGUUUGACCACACAACCACAAUUUAUUGCACUCAGGACAAAGUGGAGCAUUUGGAGUUUUUUGACGGACUCAUUGAGGAAGUAUUGGAAAGUAAAUGGCAAACGUUUGGCAAAAAACACCUUUUCAAGUCGUUGGCUGGAUAUAUUUACUUUUUGACGGUGUUUUAUGUUGCGUUCAUGACUAGAGAUGCUCAUAUUUUGGUAAAUAUACUGUCAAGACAAAUUUCUCGAGAAUACUUAUUCAGAAUGCUAACGAUGAGGAACCAGAAGAUAUUGAGGCAGAUUUUUCGAAUUUCACUAAUAUUCUAAGCACGGGGCUCAGUUUGAGAGAACAUUUAGCGAUUGCCAGGUCAGUUUCUAGAAGCGAUUUACCUGCUCACUGUCAUUUAUGGAACUAUUCUUCAGGUCCGUCCCAACAGGUAUCUAACUAUCUAACAUUGUUUGCGUCCGCUUACUUUGUUUUUUCAGGUGCGUAUGGUCAGCGAGUUGUUAUGCCUUCUCGCAGUUGCAGUUAGAACCUUCAAGGAUUGUAUAGACGCUCAUAGAACUGGUCUCAGUCGAUGGUGGACUUCUAUUGUCAGCUUAUAAUUAUUCUCUGAACAAAAAACCCUCAAACUUUUUAUUUCAGAAAGCUUUCCCCGAAAAAGUGCUUCACAAGUUUUGUCAGUUGCUUAUUCUAUGCACAAUUCCUCUUCGAUUUGGAUGUUAUGUGAAUGAUAGUUUUUUAGUGAUUGAAAACUUCAUAGUUGUCUGUAUUGUGAUCAUGAGUACACUACAUUUCUUAUUCUACUGCAGGUAAACCACAUUUUACGAGUUCUCUCGAGUUCAGUCUACAGAAGUCUAAAAUUUGUCGGACCUUUUGUGUUGAUGGUGUACAAAAUUAUUGUGAGAGAUAUGCUCAGAUUUUUACUCAUUUACUCAUUCUUCCUAAUGGGAUUUGCUCAAGGUAACAUGGCGCAUCGACCGUACAGUUCAAAGAGAAAUGAGAUUUCAGCUUUUUUCGUCAUAUUCAAAUCAUGUGAGAGAGCAGAAAUAGAUUUUCGCGCUCGUAACAAUCUUACAGAAGAUGAUGAUUACAUUGAAAAGUUUGACUAUUGCCUCAAUCUGAUAUAAUCCAAUAAUGUUAAGGUUUGAAAAUAUAAUGGAAGAUGGCUGGGAAGCAGUGAUGAGGAUGUUCAUUAUGAGCGUCGGUGAAUUUGGUGCAUUGUACAAAAAUUUGAACGAAUGCAAGAGUAGCAUAGCUCCCCAAUCAAAGGUUCCGUUGAAUUCUCACUGUUUCAUCCCACAUUUUUCAGGUUUUCUUCAUUUUGUUCGAACUGAUAGUCACUGUGAUGCUUCUGAAUCUUCUAAUCGCCAUGAUGACAAGAACAUAUGAAAAAAUUGCGGAAACUGAAAAAGAAUGGAAGCGACAGGUGAUUCUACCGCUCUGA